AUGAGCCGCGGUCUUUUUGUAAGCAAGGCGGGCAUCGCCAAUGCUACUCCCCGAUUGAUAUUCUACUGCCUUGUCUACGCUAUGGGGAGUGUUUUCUUCGGCUAUGCUGCUCAAUUCGUAACCGGUCGAAUUUUAGUAUAUGUAGCCGUUGGUCUCGUUGAGAAUGUUGUCCCGACAUAUCAAUCUGAAAUUGCCCCUGCGUCCUUGCGAGGCUUCUUUGUGGGGUCGAUACAACUUUGUUUGACCUUUGGAUCCCUCAUAGCAGGCAUCGUAAAUGAGGCCAUGUCCCAUAGGACUGAUAGCUCAGGCUGGCAGAUUGCGACAGGCAUCCAGGCACUUCCGGCGGUCAUCAUCAUAUGCGGUCUAUGGCUAACACCUAACUCUCCUCGGUGGCUGGUGUUCAACGACCGCCGUGAAGAUGCUCUCGCGGUUCUCCAAAAGGUCAGGAGAAGGGCAGAUGUUGACAAUGGAAGGCCUGAAAUGGAGCUUGCUGUUAUGGGAGAAGAAAGCCAACUUGGCAAACAGGAGAAGGGGCCUUGGAAGGAUUUGUUCAACGAGAAGAACCGAAGAAGAACGGGAAUCGCCUGCACUAUCAUGGUGUUUCAGCAAUUGACCGGCGUAACCUUUUCAAGUUCCUAUGGCCCGACGUUUUAUAGAUCAGUUGGCCUGGCAGACAUGGCUUUUAUCUACGCAGUCGUCAACAAUGCAACAUCUGUUGUGACAGCAAUCAUGGCAAUGGUCUUCUUGGACAUGUUCGGCCGGCGUACCCUCGUCUUCCAUGGCGGCUGGUCUCAAGGCGCAUUCUUAAUUGCUAUCGGUGCGCUCGGGCGCAAGGCCAAUCUUAACGUCCAAGAGAGCAAUGGCAUUGUUGCGAGUAUGCAGAUUUAUACAUCUAUUUUACACAUGACGCUGGGCCCUGGAGCAUAUAUCACCGCCGCAGAGGUGGGGACGCAAAAGUUGCGAGAGAAGACUAUGGCAUUGUCGACUGCUCUUAAUGUGGUUGUUGGUUUCGUGGUGGUUUUCGCUACUCCGUAUCUCCUCGUGGAUAUUGGUGCAGGACUAGGAUACAUAUGGGGUGGUUUUGCAUUUUCGACAUCGAUAUGGGCAUGGUUUUUUAUGCCGGAGCUGAAGGGCCGAAACCUAGAGGAGAUCGAUCAGCUCUUCGAAGCUAGAAUAUCCGCUUGGCAAUUUCACAAGUUUCAAACGGACGGGCUCAGUCAUGACCUCGCUGUCCUUGAGACCGAUAAGACGAAUGCGAAGAUUAUAGAGCAAUCAGAGGAUGUCGAGCGUACUGCGGCGACUGCGCCGAUAGGAAACAUUAAAUUGAACUGUUAA